AUGCCCGACUUACUUCUUCCACCCCCUUACCCGCCCACUCAACCCCUCUGGUGCUGGCGGCUGGCGCUGGUGCUGGUUCCUGGUGCUGGCGGCUGGCGCUGGUGCUGGUUCCUGGUGCUGGCGGCUGGCGCUGGUGCUGGUUCCUGGUGCUGGCGGCUGGUGCUGGUGCUGGUUCCUGGUGCUAGCACUGGUGCUGGUGCUGGUUCCUGGUGCUGGCGGCUGGCGCUGGUGCUGGUUCCUGGUGCUGGCGGCUGGCGCUGGUGCUGGUUCCUGGUGCUGGCGGCUAGCGCUGGUGCUGGUUCCUGGUGCUGGCGGCUGGCGCUGGUGCUGGUUCCUGGUGCUGGCGGCUGGCGCUGGUGCUGGUUCCUGGUGCUGGCGGCUGGCGCUGGUGCUAGUUCCUGGUGCUGGCGCUGGUGCUGGUGCUGGUUCCUGGUGCUGGCGGCUGGCACUGGUGCUGGUUCCUGGUGCUGGUUCCUGGUGCUGGUGCUGGUGCUGGUGCCUGGCGCGGUAGAGGGGGAAGGCGCGACGAGGGAGGGACGGGGAGGGGCAAGGACAGCGCGGGUAUGGGAGGAAAUUGCAGUUGCUGACGUGGCAGAUGCAGGCGGGGCAGGGACGGGUCGUGCAGGGCGGGGUGCAAGCUGGCUGGCGCGUCAGUUGGCAAGCUGGAUGGAGCGUCGAUUGGGCCGCCACCCCUUUCCCCCUUCCCUCCCCCCUCCCCCACCGCGACCGUUGCUGCAACCGCGCAGGGCAGGGACGGGUGGGGAAUAG